AUGAAACGUGAGGCAGAGCAGGUGGCACCGGAACAGCCGGUUAUAGUUAACGAAGGUGGUGAUAAGCCACUCUUGUCGACACCGGCGUCUCUCCUCGCUGCGGGAGAGAAAAAGCCUGAGCACUCUGAAGAUAUACCAGUUGUUAAUUCAAACACCACAGUUUCAGGGAAUGUGAAUGUUACAACAGUCCCUCCAGUGGUAAAUACCACUGAAAUAAAAGGAACCGCUGCCACAGAGAAGCCAAAACAGCUGGAUUUCAAUAAUCCAGGUGUGAUAAAGAGAGGAUUUAUAGUUUUUGGAGGAUUUGCACUGCUGGCAGUUGCAUACUUCAUUUUUUACAGGAGAAAAGGCAAGAAUAACGAUACGGGCAACGCACACAACUCAAACGAUGCCAAUCAAUUCCGUUACGGUGUCCUUCAGUCUGAAGAUCGGAGAGACAAUUUAGAACUGUCCCGCGUACCUCUCACUAUGGAGUCUGAUGAUGACGAAGACGAAGACUUGGAGAUAUUCGACCUCGAACAGAAGAAGAAGUCACUUUCUUAUGUUAACUUGCAAACUAAUGAUGAAGAUGUGGUGUUUUCAAACAAAGAAUACAGCGAAAAUGAUAGAGAGCAUCUGUUAUUAGAUAUAGAAGAUGGAACUUCUCAGACUCUUAUAAAUUGGAGUAGUAGUGGAAGUAAGUCCAUAUUAUAA